AUGUCAGUCUUCGUCAUCGUGGACGAUUCAGACCAAAACUUGAACUACUUUCCAUUAGUAUCACACGGCGAUACUCAUGACGCUACGGAAUCCGCUGAAAAGGGAUGGUAUGUUGCGACUGCGGGGGUUCAAGUAGAAUUUCAGACAACAAGAACUAGAUCUGCCUUGGCUUCGUCGACAAUGAGCUAUGAGUUUUCAGGUUCCUUUAUCUCCGUCUAUGGAACGGUUUGGGGGUUUCUCGGUACACCGGGAAGUGUCGGUUCAAUAAUCUCCUUCUCGAUCGAUGGUACGACCAUAUCCACGACGAACACCUCUCAAACCCCGGAAGGCCAUCGCCAUGUUCCAUUAUUCGUCUCUCCGUCUCUCUCCACGAACUCGACGCAUAACCUCACAAUGGAAAUAUUGGCGCCCAAUUUCGGAGCGACGAACAACUCGAACGUCUGGAUCGACUAUCUUAUCUAUGAAGCGCCUGUGAACUCCUCAAUUCCUACCCCCACAGCGCAGACGAGUUGGAUUUUUAUCGAUGAUUCGAGCCCUUACCUUGAGUACGGAGAUGGUGAAUGGAGCGGGACCAUACCAUACUUUACUUCAAACAUGACAGACGUCGCAUUCAAUUCAAGCGUUACGGGUCCGAAGAACACGUCUUCUACUGUCUCACUCAAUUUCACAGGUGCCACCAUGAUCAGAGCAUUCGCGUUGCUUACAGGACAGGGUUUUUCAGGCGAUCUCGGAACAUUCUCCAUUGAUGGCGGGGUCGAGACAACUCUUUCCUCUCCGUCACCGCUCACCACGGACCUCGUCUCUAAUUAUAUGAUUCUUUCAUCGCAAGUUGAUAACUCCGACGCCCCUCACCAACUCGUGGUCACAGCCGCCGCAGCUGGCUCUUUCUACCUCGACUAUAUUCUACUUCAAUCUCCAUCAGCCUUCGUCACUUCCCAAUCCUUAACCACUACAGGCGGAAGUCCUGUGAGCAGUCUAAGUGGGACCUCGUCUACAGUCUCAGGAUCAGUAUCAGUUAGGCCACAAGACCAGUCCAGGAGUGGAGGAGCGAAUGUGGGCGACAUCGCAGGUGGCGUAGUCGGCGGCGUUGUUGCGUUGAUUACGCUGGGAGUGGUAGCUGUCCUUCUUCUUAGACGGAGAUGGAAAUACACAAAAGUAACACCGGUCCGACCCAGCGCGCUCUCCCAUGAUAGGUAUGCAACGGCGGCCUUGGACAGCCAAAGGCAAGAUCGUGCAGAGCCUCCUCGACACGAAGCAGCGAUGCGAGAAAUAACGCCACAAGCUCCCUCUGAGUCAGGCUAUACAGUCACUCCUACGCCAUUCAAUAUACUCAACUCGACAACCACACCCCGCGAAAAGCACACACACCGUGGCUCUACGCGUUCGAUGGCUCAAAGCGAGGAUUUCUCUCUUUCAACAGCACAUAGCAGUAGUGCACCGUCUCCACCCCCGUAUGUUCGAGAAUGA